AGGCGUGUUUGGUGUGUCUGUGUGGGAGGAAGAGCAGGAAGAGUGGAGCAGAGGUUCAGAAAUUCGGUUUUAAAUCUCUACAGCUGAGACACGCACUGAAUUCUCAUUAAUGACAACUCGGAGGCGCGUUUGCUGGACAGGAGUCUGGUAGUAGCUUUAUUAUCUUUCUAUUGCACAACGACGAAUGGACGUUAGCGUUAGCAUUUUAGCUCCGUGAUGACCGUGCUGAGGAAGAGGUAGCUGAACGUCAGUAAGGAGGAGGAGGGAGGCGGCGGCUCGGCGCGCCGUGUUACCCCGUGCUGACUGACUCGCACUGCGGCGGUUUAGCGGAUGUCGCUGCGGCGCUGCUCGGCUCGCUCCGGCUCUCCGGCGCUGUCGGAGGCGGCAGCGGGCAGGGAGCUGUUCGAGGCCUGCCGAAGCGGAGACCUGGAGCGGGUCAAGAAGCUGCUCAGCGCCGAGAAUGUGAACAGCAGAGACACAGCGGGCCGCAAGUCCACUCCGCUGCACUUCGCCGCCGGAUUUGGUCGUAGAGAUGUAGUGAGCUACCUGCUGCAGCACGGAGCUAACGUUCACGCACGGGACGACGGCGGCCUCAUCUCGCUCCACAACGCCUGCUCGUUCGGCCAUGCCGAGGUGGUCAACCUGCUGCUGCGGCACGGCGCUGACCCCAACUCCCGAGACAACUGGAACUACACCCCUCUCCAUGAGGCAGCUAUCAAGGGCAAGAUCGACGUCUGCAUUGUCCUGCUGCAGCACGGAGCCGAGCCCAGCGUCCGAAACACAGACGGGAGGACGGCGCUGGACCUAGCCGAGGCCUCCGCUAAGGCAGUCCUGACUGGAGAGUACAGAAAAGACGAACUCCUCGAGAGUGCAAGGAGUGGAAACGAGGAGAAGCUGAUGAGCCUGCUCACGCCUCUGAACGUCAACUGUCACGCCAGCGAUGGGAGGAAGUCGACCCCCCUGCAUCUGGCUGCAGGCUACAACCGGGUGAAGACGGUGCAGCUGUUGUUGCAACACGGCGCUGAUGUCCACGCUAAAGACAAAGGGGAUCUGGUGCCCCUCCAUAACGCCUGCUCAUAUGGCCAUUACGAGGUGACCGAGCUGCUCCUGAAGCACGGUGCCUGUGUCAAUGCCACAGACCUGUGGCAGUUCACACCACUGCAUGAGGCGGCGUCCAAGAACCGUGUGGAGGUGUGCUCCCUCCUGCUGAGUCACGGAGCCGACCCCACCUUCCUGAACUGCCACAACAAGAGUGCCAUCGACCUGGCGCCCACUGCCCUCCUAAAAGAUCGCCUGGCCUAUGAGUUCCGAGGUUAUGCUCUACUUCAGGCAGCGCGUGAGGCUGAUCUCUUCCGGCUUAAAAAACAUCUCUCACUGGAGACCAUCAACUUCAAACAUCCUCAGACUCACGAAACGGCUCUGCAUUGCGCCUCCGCGUCUCCUUACCCUAAGAGGAAGCACGUGUGUGAGAUUCUGCUACGGAAGGGUGCCAAUAUAAACGACAAGACGAAAGACCUCCUGACUCCGCUGCAUCUCGCCGCCGAGAAGUCGCACAACGACAUCAUCGAACUGUUAGUGAAGCACGAGGCCAAAGUCAAUGUGGUGGACGGUCAGGGGCAGACACCGCUGCACAGAGCCGCUCAGCGUGGACAUCUGCAGAGCUGCAGGCUGCUGAUGAACGCCGGCUCGGACCCGCUCAUCACCUCGCUGCAGGGCUUCACUCCAUCCCAGCUCUCCAAAUACAACAUCCAGGACACGCUGCAUGGUCCCGAAGGAGUGCUGGCUGGGAAUUUGGACACAGACAGGCAGCUCCUGGAGGCCUCCAAGUCAGGAGACCUAGAAACUAUAAAGAAGCUGUGCACGCUACAGAACGUGAACUGCAGGGACGCAGAGGGACGCCAGUCCACACCGCUGCACUUCGCAGCUGGAUACAACCGUGUGGCCGUGGUGGAGUACCUGCUGCAGCACGGUGCCGACGUCCACGCUAAAGACAAAGGAGGCUUGGUUCCGUUACACAACGCCUGCUCCUAUGGACACUAUGAGGUGGCGGAGCUGCUGGUGAUCCACGGAGCUGUGAUUAACGUAGCUGACCUGUGGAAGUUUACACCAUUGCAUGAGGCUGCUGCAAAGGGCAAGUACGAGAUUUGCAAACUGCUGCUUCAGCAUGGCGCAGAUCCCACCAAGAAGAACCGUGACGGGAACACGCCUCUGGACCUGGUGAAGGAGGGGGACACGGACAUCCAGGACCUGUUGAGAGGAGACGCCGCGCUGCUGGACGCCGCCAAGAAAGGCUGUUUGACCCGUGUGAAAAAACUCUGCAGUCCAGGGAACGUCAACUGCAGGGACACGCAGGGACGCCACUCCACACCGCUGCAUCUGGCAGCUGGCUAUAAUAACCUGGAGGUGGCAGAGUAUCUGCUGCAGCAUGGCGCAGAGGUGAACUCGCAGGACAAAGGAGGUCUCAUUCCUUUACAUAAUGCUGCUUCCUAUGGGCACGUGGACGUGGCUGCAUUGCUCAUCAAGUACAACGCAUGCGUCAAUGCCACUGACAAGUGGGCGUUCACGCCGCUGCAUGAGGCUGCUCAGAAAGGGAGGACACAGCUGUGUGCGCUGCUGCUUGCACACGGUGCUGAUCCGACACUGCGCAACCAGGAAGGCCAGUCGCCGCUGGACCUUGUGACGGCCGACGAUGUCCGAGCCUUGCUGACUGCCGCCAUGCCUCCGUCUGCACUUCCCGCCUGCUACAAGCCUCAGGUCAUCAGCGUGUCUGCUUCCAGUGCAGUCGCGAACUCUGAGCUCUCCUCUGGUUCUGUCUCCGCCCCCCAGACUUCCACCUCGGGCCUGGAGUCACAGGACGGCCACAUGCCCAAGCUGCUGGGGCCGUCAGGAGCCGAAGGAGCAGUGGGAGUGGAGAAAGCAGAGGAAGGUGCAACCUUGGAAUUGAGCAUCGGCCAGUUUCUUCAUAAACUUGGACUGGAACAUCUUCUGGAGAUCUUCGACCGGGAGCAGAUAACGCUGGAUGUGCUGGUGGAAAUGGGGCACAAAGAGCUGAAGGAGAUCGGCAUCAACGCUUAUGGCCACAGACACAAGAUCAUCAAAGGAGUGGAGAGGUUCAUUAGCGGACCUCAGAGUUUGAAUCCGUAUUUAACUCUGAACACGGCUAACAGUGGGACCAUACUGAUCGAUCUGGCUUCGGACGACAAGGAAUUUCAGUCUGUUGAAGAGGAGAUGCAAAGCACAAUCCGAGAGCACCGAGAUGGAGGUCACGCCGGCGGAGUUUUCAACAGAUACAACAUCGUGAAGAUCCAGAAGGUGUGCAAUAAGAAGCUGUGGGAGAGAUACACACAUCGCAGGAGGGAGGUGUCCGAGGAGAACCACAAUCACUCCAACGAGCGCAUGCUGUUCCACGGUUCUCCGUUUGUAAACGCCAUCAUCCACAAAGGCUUCGACGAGAGACACGCCUACAUCGGAGGCAUGUUCGGAGCCGGGAUCUACUUCGCCGAGAACUCGUCCAAAAGUAACCAGUACGUGUACGGAAUCGGGGGAGGCACAGGGUGUCCGGUUCACAAGGACCGGUCGUGUUACACGUGUCAGAGGCAGCUGCUGUUCUGCCGUGUAACGCUUGGGAAGUCAUUCCUUCAGUUCAGUGCCAUGAAGAUGGCCCACUCUCCACCGGGCCAUCACUCGGUGUCGGGAAGACCCAGUGUCAACGGCCUCGCCCUCGCCGAGUACGUCAUCUACAGAGGAGAGCAGGCUUAUCCCGAAUAUCUGAUCACCUAUCAGAUUAUCAAACCGGACGGGACUCUGGAUUAAGACCCCGGCUCUCCAGUACAGACUGUUCUGGCACACUGCAUGCACAUUCUCAUUCACACACUUUUGUUCCGCCUUUUCUACUUGCCUUCCCUCGCACCCUUGAUAUUUAUCACACAUAACCGUCCUUUUCUGCAGACCUCAUACAGUCAGUCGCUAACACUAAAGUCACAGUUUUCCCAGAAGCCUCACGAGCGCAUCACAAAACUGUGGCUUAUUUAUUUAUUUUACACAAGACGAGUGUAUAUAGAUCUUUUUUUUGUACCAGCAUGUUGCUUUAUGGAUAUUUGUAUUAUAAAGAUUCUAUGCUUGGACGAUUGUAUUGUAUAAAAUAGAUGUUUGGAGGUAAUCCCGUUAAAGCUACAGAAUGUACGAUUUUGGAAUUUCAAUUUGUGGAAGAACGUUUCAUAACGUGGGUCGGAUUAACAUCAUGGCUGCGGGUGCGAGUUCAUACACGUUCAGAUGAGUUUUACAGCUACAGAAUAAUGACUCCAAUGAUCCUGAAACGUUAUCUGAUCUUAGCGCCGCAGGCAGCGUGGAUAAAACACUAGCUAGCUAAAGCGUGGUAUAGAGAACAAACCUGUAACGUGGCUUCUGGCACCGUUUUGUUCUCCAGUCUGCGAACAUCUGGAGAGAAGCAGAUGAUGUUAGCAUACAGCUAAAAGCAAGAAGAGAACGCUCCAAUCAGUCUCCAGUGAUAUAUAACCAAGAAAAGAGGGAGAAACCCAGAAACGCCUUCUGGAGGUCUGCAGUACUCUAGAUUAAAUAACGAAUACUGGCUAAUGAUACAAACUACACAAAAAGGAUGAACUUAAUCUUACACUUUCCUUCUCUCUCUCUCUCUCUCUCUCUCUACUUCCUUCCUUCUUCUUCUCUCACUAUCUCUCCCCCCUUACUUCCUUCCUCUCCUCUCUCUCUCUCUCCCUCCCUCUCUCUCUUUUGUGCCUAUAGUUGGCCGUGAUGAUUUCUUACACAUCUCAUCCACCGUAUGACGCACAUACUCAACUUUACAGCCGGUUCCGAUCCGUCACACGAUUACAGGAUUAUCAGGGUGACUCACAGCUCAGGAACAUCGUAUUAUACAGAAUUUUAUUGUCCCCGUAGUCAGUGAUUAUUUUUUUCCCUCCAAAAAAUAAUAAAAAAUCUGCACCCUGUAGCUUUAAACACCAUGGCUAAAGCAAGAAACGUCACUGAAUAUUGUCACACUGUUAUGGCAUUACGUUAGAUGUUCUUGGUGUCAGUUUCAUUCCACUGCAGUGGUGCUGUUCUUUGUAGAUAUCCUCCGUACAGACAGGAUGGAUAUUUGUCCAGGACAAUCUCAGAAUUCUCAAUUAAAAAUCAAGUUUCAAUUUGUGACGGAGGAAACGGAAUCUGUUCUGCAUUUCAGUACUGAUUUAAUACGCCUUCAACAUUUCCUCCCUCCUGAUUGCUGUUUCAACAUUUUUGCAGUAGGACAUGUACUCAGAUUACACACUCGCUCUUAUUCUGCAAUGUUGCAUGGCAGCAACAGCAGAUUUCAGCUCAAGGCAUUCUACAAGAGGCUUUCACUCUGGCAGUUUAGUCUGAAACAGAGCACAGUGUUUUGGCUAUAAAAAAAGGAACCUGAGACUACCUGUAGGUACACUAUUGCCAAAAGUUUUGGGACACCCCUUCAGAUCAUUGAAUUCAGGGGUUGGGCUCGGCCCCUUAGUUCCGGUGAAAGGAUCUCUUAAUGCUUCAGCUUCAUACCAAGACAUUUUGGACAGUUCCAUGCUUUGUGGGAACAGUUUGGGGAUGACCCCUUCCUGUUCCAACAUGACUGCACACCAGUGACCAAAGCAAGGUCCAUAAAGACAUGGAUGAGUGAGUUUGGUGUGGAGGAACUUGUCAGGACUCUGUGCAGGCCAGUCCUCAACCCCAUAGAACACCUUUGGGAUGAAUUAGAGCGGAGACUGUGAGCCAGUCCAAAAGUCUGCCUUCACAUGCACAUGAAUGUAAUAUGGAGUUGUCCUGCCUUUUGCAGCUAUAACAGCUUCAACUCUUCUGGGAAGGCUUUCCACAAGGUUUAGGAGUGUGUUUAUGGGAAUUUUCCCAAACGGGUUACACAAAGUUGUUACACAAAGUU